GUUGUGAUCAGACGCUUACCACCAACCCUGACCCCAGAGGAGUUCUUGGAGCAGGUGUCUCCACUACCUGACUAUGAUUUCUUCUACUUCGUCCGUGCUGACAUGAGUCUCGGUCAAAAUGCAUUCACAAGAGCUUAUGUCAACUUUCUGAGCCCAGAAGAUAUCUUUAUAUUCAGGGAUAAGUUUGAUGGAUAUGUUUUUCUUGAUGCAAAAGGUGGAGAAUAUCCAGCCAUUGUUGAAUUUGCACCUUUCCAGAAAGUUCCAAAGAAGAAGACAAAGAAACUGGACACCAAAAUUGGUCUUAUUGAACAGGAUUCUGACUACAAGAAGUUUCUAGAAUCUCUGUCCAACCCCCAGGAGGCCAGUCCGGUGUCUCUGGAUGCUAUGGUGGCGGAGGUUGAGACCAAGGAGAAUAAUUUAGCAAAGUUAGGGUCUACCAGAGUGACCACACCUCUGUUGGAUUACCUGAGGAAGAGGAGGGAAGAACGAAAGUUGAAUAUUGCUACAAACGAAAGUCGAUCACUUAAAGAUGGAAUCAGGGAUAGAGACCGGCGCAGAGAUAGAGUGAGGAAUCGGGAGAGGGACAGAAGGAGAGACAGAGAUUCAUUGAGACCAGAUAAAGUUAAGGAGGCCAAACCUGCAGAGAAAAGAUGGCAGAAAGACACGGAGGUCGCACCGAGGCACACGGUAAUGUUAUUGAGAAACACAGAAAGAGAUGGUACUCCCUCUGAGAAAAAUGUUUCUGGAAAUGUUCCAGGGGGAGAUUGGGAAAAAAGAGAAGAGGUCGGAGAGAGAGGCGUCACCCAGGAUAGCUUAUCAGAUAGUGAACAAGGCAAGGGAGGAAAUGAACGUAAGAAAGAUGACAGGCGAGGAAUCAGAGAAGGAAAGUGGGGAGAAUCUUCCGGAAGAGAUGAUGAUAGAAGCCAGCAGUAUGGGGGGAAAGAGAGAGGACGAGGCUACGAAGACGACAGGUAUCGGGAUAAGCUGUCGAGAGACAAAGGAGGCAGGGGAUACAGGGAGGAGGACACGAUGAGAAGAAGCAGAUAUGGUGAAGAUAGAGGUGGAGGUGACAGGUAUUCAGGGAGAGACAGGGGAGGAACAAUGAGGCCAAGGGGUGAUAGAAAUGGUGGUGGGAUUGGGACUGUGAGGGAUAAAUAUGAUGGAGGAGGGGCUGAUAGAAAAAGUGGAGGAAAUGAUGGAUGGAGAAAGAAAGAGGCAGAGUUGGAUAAAAAGAAACUGGACAAAGAACGAGUACAAGACAGACGUUUAGAUAUUGGAAGAGUUAAAGGAAAAGAAGAUGGAAAGAAGGAUCGAGAAGAUUCUGUUGCCAGCGUAACUGAUGCCAGUAGAGAAGAUAAGGACAGACAGAAGGAAGGAAACUCUGGUGGAAGGAAUGUAGACUCGCUGGCAGCCAUGUGUAAAAUGGAGACAAACUCCCGCUCACACUCAGACAGUUCUGAAUCUGCACCGUUGACCUCCAAGCAGUCAAAAGAAGAGACAGAAAGAGGGGGCAGCACCGAAAGAGAGGAAAAAAUACGCAGGAGAAAGGAAAGGCCCGAGAGACAAAUAUACAUUCCCAGAAAGGCACUAGAGAGAAGCAAGCAAGGCUCGACUCAGACAGGGAAACCCGGUGAAGAUAAGACGCAGGAACCCAGUUGA